AUGAUCCGCCUCUCGGAGGGGUUCCGGUGCUCCCGCUCCGUUACCACAGCCCUGCGAAGAGGCGUAGGGCCCUGCGUGAGGCGGGCACGGCCCGCCGCGCCGCUCGACCAGCGAGGAUUGCAAUGGCGGGGGAGGGCGGCAGAGCGUCGGAGGAGGCGAUCGUCCGCUCGGCGCUCGGCUGCCCGCACUGCCGGGGCGCGAGGGCGAGGCCCGGGGGCGGCGCUGGGCAGGAAGAUGGCGGCGCUCGGGGCCCCGCUGCGCACUCUGCGCGCGCUCCUGCGCGAGCUGCGCCACGCCGCCGGCCGCUCCUAUCGCGACAGCCCCGCCUAUCGCCACGUGCUCUCGGCCUUCCGCGCGCACCGGGUGACCAGCGAGAAGCUGUGCCGGGCCCAGCAGGAGCUGCACUUCCAGGCCGCCACCUACCUGUGCCUGCUCCGCAGCGUCCGGGAGCACGAGGCGCUGCACCGCGAGUACCACGGGCGGGGCGAGCGCUCGCCCCAGGAGGUCGCCGGGCUGGUGGGCUUCAGACUGCCUCAGCAGCCGGGAGGAAAGGGCUGAGACGGGACUGCUGUGUUCAGUGUUUAUUCAUCAAUAAAUGGAUACCCUAGACCUACUGCAA